UAAUACUGGAAAUUGUUUACUACUAGUGGCGUGUGGUAAUUGUAUUGGCACUGUAUCCUCUAUCAUGGAGUAAUAGCCUGUUCGUUUAUCUAGGUUUCAUUUACUCCGCCCACCGCAUCGAGACAAAACCACCAGAAAAUGGCCAGGAGGCGAUCGACGGGGAGAACUUCGGGUCCCGUCGACGUCGACGUCGACAUCGACGGAAUCCCCAGCCUGACCCGAGCGAGCACGGGGACGGGGAAUCGCUGGUUGGUGCUGCUUGCGCGACCUCGCGUACGCUAUCAGCGCCGCAGGGGUGGCACCCCACCCUGUGCAAUGGAGGUGCUCGACGAAAUGUCGAACCGGACCUUGACGCUCCAGGCUCAGCAGUGCACGCUCCACAGGCGAUCGACACAAUGCCUGAGUGGAGCAGCUGUCUCUGGGGUCGGCUGCUCGGGCGUGCCCGGUAUGCUGCUGCGCUUGUACUAACCAUCUUUGAGCACUGCGAUCUCUUCCCGUGUCCAGGUAUGGUGUCUCUUUUGGCAAUCAAAACUUAGUGCUGGAAUGUCAUCUUUCACUGUCGAGGAGACAUCUGUGCCGCUCUUACUUUUUCAUGCCUGUCGCUUUUGACAAGGUACGCAUUGUAUUCCAAAUGAAGUACUCCCAUGAUGUGAUGCUUCUGCAAAUAUGGGUACCAAUCAUGUGUCUUUGGAUUCCUCAAAAAAAUCAUGUAUCUUUGGGUCCUCUUCUCAUCAUCGACCGGGUCCAGCUUUUGUUUGUACAAGGUUGCAGCUCGCACCCAACUCCUUAAAGCCACUUGAGCAUGUAGAUAAACGUGACCUGAUCAGCAUUCCCCAGGCCCCAUGAUCUUUUUGUAUUUCCUUUUCUUUUUAAAGUUUUCAUGCUGUGCUUCUUGUUUGGAGUCUCCACUGCACUUCUUGUUCACGCCAAACAACCAUUCUCAUCUCUAUGCAACAGCUACGAACCCGCAGCCCAGCUCGAUAUCCGAGAAUUUAACAGUUGAGGCGUGUGUGUUUUUUUGGGUCAAACUGUAGUCAUCCAGGGAGGACUAAGUUGAGGCGCGUGUUUGUUCAUUACUUUCGUUGUGUUAGGUUCUCUUCUGACUCCAAAGUGGUCCCAAUGAGAUCAUAUAUUCAUAUUGAUCUGGAUGCGCACUGUUUCUGCAUAUCACAUAUGACUAGGUAGAACCUAAUAAGCUAUCAGAUGAUAGCCUGAUACAUUGUUUUGGGGUAUUACCUUGUUUCUUUCCUUUUCUAACUGACCCCCCCCCCCCCCCCCCCCCCCUCCUCUCUUGUUCACUGUCCACACCACCAUUCUCACCAUUGUUGGCACUGGACGAACUCAGCUAUCUUUGAAGAACACAGGUUGUCCCUCAGUAGUCUGAGCAGCAGCCGUCGCUCUGGAUACAAGCUCAAAGCCGCAACCUCAGCCAGGCCAACGGGGCAGCCAUUCCGAGUGAGCAACUGAGCAUUCGAAGCUUUCCCAUUUCAGGCAAUUUUACUAGUUACAUCUGGAUACAAGCUCAAACCAGCAAGCUCGGCUAGGGGCUGAUGUAUGAUAGCUAAUGAGGGCAGUCAUUCCUGUGACUAUGCCUAUCUGACGAGCAUUGCAUUGCUUUCUCAUUCCAGCAGUCGGAUCUAGGUAUUCAGAGAAACCCAAAGGGAAAUAUCUGGACCGCUAUUUUGGUUAUCGCUCUGGACGCAAGCUCACUCGCAACCGUUUAUGGUUAAUGAGGCAGCCUUCCCGUGUGACUGAGCGUUGCAUGCUUUCCAUGCCAGAUACCUUCUCCAUCCAAGAAACUCUUACCUGAUGCUCCAGAUGGAGGCAUAGAGAGCAACUGAAAGCCUGAGACUUUAGCAACCACAUGGCAGACAGUGGGCAGUUCGUGGUCACCAUUGGUCUGACGAACAUCAACACCACGAGGCAAGAUCCCAUCAAUGUCACAUCCAGCAGAAAUUUGUUACCCUCUUGCCAUGUAUCCAGCUCCAGCAACAAUGAUGAUUUUGAGCUAUUGUGGAGACAUCGUAAAUAUUUGGUACUUCUUGGAGUCCUAGCAGUUGGUGUGACAUACAAUGCUGGAUUAACACCGCCAGGGGGAUCGUGGACACUAAACGUGGAUGGUCAUCUUGCUGGUGACCCUGUCAUGCAUGAUGGCUUUUCUGAACGAUAUAAGGUGUUCUUUUACUGCAAUGCAGCAGCCUUCGCUGCAUCUCUUGUCUUAAUCAUCUUGCUUCUCAGUAAGAGUGUGACAAGGAAGAGGAUGUGGCUCCACUCAAUGCAAUUAACCAUGAUACUAGACCUAUUCAGCCUGCUGGGGGCUUAUGCUGCCGGAAGUUUCAGGGCACUCAAAUCAUCCAUUUACAUCUGGGUUCUAGUCCUUGCUGUUAUCAUAUAUGUUGGGAUCCAUACCCUAGUAUCCACAAGGUUUAUUCCAAGAAAAUUGAAACGGAAUCUGCAGAACAUGAUAAAUACAGUUCUAAUCAAACGGGGUUUCCUUGUGAGGCAAGUGAGCAUCCCUUUAGAGAACGUUGAGGAGGCUCGCAAGUUCAUUUUGAUGCUUGUAACUUUUGCUGCUACUAUCACCUACCAAGCAGGAUUGAAUCCACCGGGCGGCUUUUGGGCUGAAAACAACCAUGGUUCUAAUAAGCUGCAUAUGGCCCUUCCUCUUUACAAUCAUCAUCCGGCUACUUCUGUUCUCAAAAGUAACUACCUUCGUCGUUAUAAUAUAUUUAUCACUUCCAAUUCAACUUCCUUCGUGACAUCUUUGGUCAUAAUCAUACUACUUCUGAGCCCAAAAUUGAGUGGACAUGGAAUAAGGACCAAAGCAAUGAUUGUAUGUGUGGUAGUGGACCUAUUGUGCCUAAUUGUUGCAUAUGCUGCAGGAUGUUGUAGAGAUGUAGCAACAUCAUUCUAUGUGGUGUUUAUCAUCGUCAUAGUUUGGAUCUCCUUUGCAAUUUUAGCUGGAUUCUUUGUUACCAGGCCUGUAGCAAAUUGGCUACAAAAGGUCAAAUCAAGCAGCCUGUGGUGUGUGAGAAAAUUGGGUCGUGCACUUUCAUUGAGCUUUCGUGGCCACAGAUCAAGCAAUGCAGAGCAGGACAAUUCUUACGCAAGCAAUCAUCAACCUUCAGUCCGUUCAACUGAUGCACCUGCAGAAGAUAAUACUCCUGAGCCACAAGACCAGCCUGCAGAGGAACUUCCAAAUAUCAGAGAGGAUGUGUCCUAUGAGGAGCAUGCACCUGCAGAAGAAAGAAAUCAUAUUUCAGAUGAUGAAGAGGCUGUGGAUAACUCACAGCAUCUGUCAGGGAACAGCCAGCAAUCAGCAAAUAUCCAGGAUGUUGCGUCCAACACAGAGUGCCAGUCUCCAGAUGUCCAGCGUGUUGCAAAAAUGGAUGAGGAUGUGUCCAGCUCACCGCAUCCUGCUGGGAACUGUCAACGAUCAGAACAUGGCAUGGGUGUCGUGUCUAACUGGGAGUAUGGGUCUACAGAAGGCAAGCAAGAUGCAAGUAUGGAGGCAGCUAAAUCUAGCACUGAGCAAGAGUAUGACCCAUUACUAAGCCAAACUGCAAAUAGCAUGUGCCGUGUGUCAGAUGACCAGAAAAUUGCAAGUAUGAAGGAGCAUUCUUCAGCUGAUGAUCCCGAGAUCACUGUUCCUUUACCCAAGCAAAAUAUCUCAGCCAGUCAGAGUAAUGGAGACACUAGUGAUGACAUAGUGGAUGAAGGGUUUUCUGAACAUGUGGGAGCCGCUGGUAAUGCGGACCGUGCUGAACAAAAUAUUGUGGUUGAAGCUGAUAAUCCUCGUACUGAGAUUCGUAUCAGUGAUAACUAUCCUACACAAUCUGAGAAUGGACAUAUUGACAGCAAUCAAGUAGUACCCAAUCAAAAUGCUGACGGCAUUCGAACUGAGAAGCAUCUGAAGAAGACCCGCACAUGUAUGUUGCUUCUUGCCAUUCUUGCAGUAUCUCUGGCAUACCAAUCAGGCCUGAAUCCACCAGGUGGAUUUUGGUCAAGACGUAAAGAUCAUCAUUCAGCUGCUGAUCGCAUCCUUGAGGACACCCACCAUCGCCGGUUCAUUGCAUUCUUCUAUCUCAAUGCAAUCGCCUUUGUGGCAUCCAUUGUCAUGAUCACUUUGCUCUUGAACAAGAUGGUGAGAGACAAGGUUACCAAAUGGCGUGCAUUGCCAAUAACAAUGAUAGUGGUCCUACUUUCCCUGACCGGAGCUUUUGCUUUGGGGAACUGCAGGGAGGCAAAGAAGACUAUUUUCAUAUCAGUGCUCGUAUGCAGUGUACUUGCUUAUGUUCUCAUUCAUGUCUUGAUAGCAGUACAUAUAAUUCCUCCAGGAUGGAGAAGGCAGGUGGCAGAGAUGCUAGAGCAGUCAGUUAGUCUUUUUUGCUCAGUGCCACGUCAAUCAGGCGACAACCAGACUGGGAGCGGUACUAGUGAGAAGGAGUUGGGAAGGCGGCGUAAUCUUCUAUUGACCAUUUCUAUUUUAGCUGUGACUGUCACAUACCAAGCUGGCAUGAACCCUCCAGGAGGUGUCUGGUCUGAUGACAAGCAUGCCACGGGAACUCCGGGCAAUCCAAUCCUUCAGGAUACCCAUCCAAAACGCUAUGAUGUGUUCUACUACUCAAAUUCAGUUUCAUUUGUGUCAUCUGUGGUCGUCACAAUAUUACUUGUGAAUAAGGAAUCCUGUGAGUAUGGAAUCAAGUCCUAUGCACUGCGAGUGUGUUUGGUGGCGGGCUUGCUUGGCCUCCUCAUUGCCUAUGUUGCAGGAAGUUGCAGAAAUAUUAAACAGUCCAUAUAUCUGAGCGCCAUUGCUAUGGGAGUUCUGGUCUCCCUUUUGAUUCAAGUUCUGCUCUCUUCGAUGCAUGAUACACUGGGAAAACCAUUGGCUAAGUGUCUAGGAUUUCUACACGAUCUUCUCUUCCAUGCAGAGGGUGAACAAGUAAACACUCUUGUGAGUCCAGAAGCUUCAGUUGACGUGAGGUCAGAAGCUUCAGUUGACGUGAGGCCAGAAGCUUCAGUUGUCGAAGAAGAAAAGGUGAGAAAGAGACACAAGUAUCUGAUGCUUCUUGCAAUUUUAGCGGCAUCGAUCGCAUACCAAGCUGGUCUGAACCCACCUGGUGGAUUUUGGUCUGAUGAUAAGGACCAUGUACCAGGCAAUCCCGUCCUUCGUGAUAUUAAUCACCGACGGUACAAGAUCUUCUUCUGGUUCAAUUCUUUCGCAUUCAUGGCAUCCAUUGUCGUCAUCAUGCUGCUGCUGAAUAAAUCUAUCAGGAAGAAGGCUGUGUCACUUGGGGUAUUGCACUUGAUCAUGAUAUUGGAUAUGCUGGCUCUCAUGACAGCUUUUGCUGCGGGAAGCUGCCGCAAAUUGAGGACUUCAGUGUAUGUCUAUGCACUAGUUGGCGGUGUUGUAGUAAUCCUGCUGCUCCUAAUUAUUGUGACAAGUGCAAUUGCAAAAUAUCGGAAGCCAAGAGAGGGAGGUGGGACUAACUCCCCGAGACGUCCUGAACCUGUUUCAGGAGCAAACACACCGGCAUGACCUGAAGUUUGAUGCUCCCUUUUUACAAGAACCCUAUUCAUCUAGGAAUCUAUAUUUCUGUAUUAUCUGCAAACAAUUUGUGUUUCUCCUAUCAGCAUUUUUCUUCAUGUUCAGAUUUGACUUGAACACCGGUGCCUGUUGUAUGUUCUUGGAAAUCAUUUUAGCAUGCUUGAAAUUUGAACUCAAGCCUUCGUCAUGUAAAGGAGCUACAAGCAGGCAAUGAGGAUUAUCUUCAUUAUCGUCA